AUGCAACUGCGCCGCAUUUUCCCCAUUGGCCUUGUCGGCGUUGCGGCCGGGCAGUCCGGGUCCCCAAACCUGCUCACCGCUUUACAGCCACAGAAUGUCCAGUUGUCGCCACUGAACGGCCUCAUCCAAAACAGCACUGGACUGACGCAGCAGUUCUCGCAGCUCACGAAUGUUACCUUGUUGGCCCCAAGCAAUGACGCGAUACAGAAAAUCCUCGCUGGGCCGCUCGCCCCCGAGCUCAGCCAGCCUGGUGUGUUUCAACUUUUGGUUAACUACCUCACUCUGAAUGGGACGUACUAUGCGUCCAACUUCACGCAGAACAUGCCUAUGUUCAUCCCAACCCAUCUCACCAACCCAAUGUUCGACCUUGUAGAUGGCGGACAGAGAGUUGAGAUUCUCGCCUCCGGCGGCAACAUCACAGCCUUCAGCGCCCUCAAGCAGCCAUCCAACUUCGUCACUACGAAUGUCAACUUCACUGGCGGGACGAUUCACAUCAUUGACACAGUCACCGUUGUGCCCUUGAACACCUCCUAUACCCUCGGCGCCUUGAACCUCACUGCGGCUGCUGGUGCGAUCCAGUUUGCCGGUCUCAUCACAACUGCCGACACCAUGCCUGACAUCACCAUCUUUGUCCCGAACAACGCGGCCUUUGCCGCUGUUGCCAGCGUCUUCUCCAACCUCAGCAUGGCGCAGGUCGCGCAGGGGCUCAAGGAUCACGCAAUCCCCGGGUUCGUAGGACCCAGCAGCACGUUCACCAACGGCACCCUCACGACAGUGGCUGGAGGGAGCGUCAACAUCACCGUCAUCGGCAGCACCGUCUUUGUCAAUGAUGCCAAGGUCAUCAUCCCUGACAUUCUUGUGAGAAAUGGCGUCAUUCACGUCAUUGAUCAGGUUCUGAACCCCGGCCAGACAGGCAGCAACCCGCAAAUCAACGCCUCCACCACAACCAUGGCCUGGACCAGCGCUAGCUCCGGGACGGCAGGCAUCCCGUUCACCAGCGGCGUGGCGGUGCCGGGUUCCAUUGUGCCCACCAACACCGGCUCCCCUGUUGCCACCACGAUCCCAAUGGCCCCUGCUAACCCCAUCAAGACUGGUGUUGUCGUUGCGGCCGCUCUGUUUGGUGGCGCCGCGAUCAUGAUGAACUUGUAGGCACUUCUCGCCUUUGAUAGGGAGCUAAACUUGAUGCGGCGAAAGAACGGCGUGUGUGUUUCGUUCCCUGACCUCGUACUUUUAUGUCCAAACUGGUGUAUCACUACAUAAUUACCGACACGUGUGUUGAUAAUGGUGAAGUUGUGGGGGGUUGUCUUGGCCAACUGGGCUCACGUGUCUGCCUUGGCCGCCGUUAUUCCAUGAUUUUGGUACGUCGUGCUACACGAUCCUGAAAGUGUAGAUGAGCAUUCAUAUCUGCAGCG